ACAUUUUUUCUUUAUAGCCGCGUUGGCCACACAACAAAAGCUAUUACCAUGUUUCCAAUAUCGAACAUUCUUUAGAACUUUUUACCGCAUGAUUCUGUCUACCUUGAGAGUUUCACUUCAAGCCAAAUCCCUCUACGCGCGUUAUUCUAACGAUGAAUUCACAAAGAUAUCCACAAAUAUUUCUUUUGGUUUAUAUCCUAGCCCUCAAUAUCUGUAUCGAAGUUGUUUGGACGUGUGAUUGCAACGUCGCCAAGUUAAAUGAGCUUGGAAUUGAAGAUGGUCAUAUCCCGGAUGAAGCCAUGAAAGCGUCAUCAACACUAGACACCAAUCACGGCCCAGGCCGAGGAAGACUAAACCAAGGACCCACUGGUUCCCAGGGUACCGCCUGGUGCGCCGGGGAGUCAGACUCUGAUCAGUACCUUCAGAUAGAUUUGAUCUAUACUUCACGGGUGACUCAUAUUGCGACACAAGGAAUGAACGAUCCGCCUCAGGUUGUGAAUGGAACUAAUGUGACCGCCUGGGUAAAAGAGUAUACACUGCAAUACAGCUCUGAUGGAGAAACCUACAACGGGUAUUAUUUCGACAAAGAUUUAAAGAUUUUUGACGGUAACAAAGAUGGCAGCACUAUAUCAUGCUGUGAGCUUCCAUAUCAUUUAGUGGUUCGUUAUCUACGAUUUAAGCCUGUGUCUUGGGAUUCGAAGAUUUGUUUGAGGAUUGGAGUCUUUGGCAUUGGGAAUGUCACCGCCCAGAAUAUAAUCACACAAGAUUCAAUUGCUAUUCGCCAUUAUUGGUGGUGGCCUUUGAUGUGGGUUUUGAUAAUCUUACUUGUCUUCUUUAUCCUAUUGGCUUUGUGUUGCUAUCGCCGAAUACGUAGAAGUUUAGCUUUGAAGCCGAGGCCCAGUAAAACAGAAAAGAAGCAACCAUCAUUCUACACGAACCCAAGGGCGCCAAAGUCACAGCCACAGAACGGGACAAUGACCAUUGUUAUGACAGAUAUGAUGGAAUCACGUGACAACGAAGCCUAUGAGGAACCUGAGGACGAAGUGCAAGAGGUCGUUGCCCACUUCACUGAUGAUGGUUUCGACAACAAACACGGCGUCACUCACUUCUCAGUCGCAGACGAAGACGAAGAUGAAUCGCCCGCCGCUCUUCCAAGCCAGAACGGUAGUGGGCCCACCCGAGGAGCCUCUGUCAGCUCUCAAAACCAACCUUACAGGGGGGCAUCCGUGAGUUCCCAGGGCAGACGCAACACCGGGAGGUCCGAACAUCUUUACGAAUCGGUAGUGCGAUAGAUUAUGGAUCAUUAAAUAAUGGACGAUUAAUUCUAGGGUUACAUCAACUUCGAGACGGCUCAUCAGUUGAAAAGGCGCUCUCGCAUCCAAUUACCUGCGAUGAAUGCGUUGUUCUUUGUUCUGUUUAGCAGCCACCCUAUAUUUAAAAUUUCCUUGCCGACUAGGACCGAAAAUGCCCGGGAUCCGGAAAGUCUCAGAGCAACUCAUGGAUCUCCCAAACGGACGAUUUGUUUUCGGACGUUUCUCAGUUGACCGCUAAUAUAGAUUUAAUUGGCCGCCACCUAAACGACACAUUUCUUGCAGAUUAAUAUUUUGAUGAAAAGUCUUCCUCUAAGGGAAGUUUUGAGAAGGAAACAUCACUUCUAUAGCUUACUUCAGGCGUGUGACACAGAGGUUUUCGAGUGUUUUCUGAUUGAUAAAAACUCGCAUUCUUUUUACACCCUAGUGUGUUUUUGUAUUACGUUUUCGCCCAUCGCGACACUAAAACCAUCGAAAAUUUUCAUUUCCUUCAUCGAAUGAAGACGAUGAGAUGCCGAGAAUGGAGAGAUUUAAGAAAAGGAACACCGUUGUAUUAGUGUGGAUGGCGAAAACGGAGCUUUUCAGAAACGCUAACGUCAUUCAUGGCACAUGCGCAAAUGAUGGUGUUUUUGGCAUCAGCGAACCUCAGCGUUUGGAGUGUUUUUGUAACUGGCGAGUUUAAGAAAACCACGACGGCAACGGCAACGGGAACAUUGCUAAACAGGAGGUUUAAUGAGCAGAGCA